AUGGCGCAAGAGCUCGGGGCGGAGAACUCAGUGCCGACCUUCAACGACCGUGUCCGACAUCUGAACUGGACAAACAUAUACAAGCAGCGCACGACACAGCAAACAUACGCCAGUCGUCUUCAUAUCGCACCCUUGAACUGGAGCCUGUCCCUCAGAUCCUCAACCCUUUUCGAAAUAAUUCGCCUCCGCGACGGAGCUGUUGCUGCAAUGGAGACGUGCUCCCCGAACAAGCGACGCGCCCUGGCCCCGCUGGACUCCAACGCGCUGGCUGCCCCCAAGCUGCUCUUCAAGGAUAGCAAACCCAUGGGAGGUCCUAGCCCCGUGAAGCGCUCUGUCGAGCCUCGCAAGAGGAUGUUUGAGGUGGACGGGACCGCGAGCCCCGUCGGCAAGAAGGCGUGUCUGGGACGUGAUGAGGACGCGUCGUCAAGGAGUGACAGCCCCGACACAAGCUCGCUGUUCGACACGUCCGCCAACGACGCUUCGUGGGCAACCACCACCACCGAGCCCGACUCAGCGCCCGCGACGGCCGCAGCAGCCCUGGAGCGGAUCCCAUUUACACGGCCACGCGCCCUGACGCGGGAGCAAAAAGCUGAGAUCCUCCGCCUGCGCCUCAGCCUCGCAAACUACAAAGUCCGCACCGGCCAGACCUCCGUCCCUCUCGCCGACCUGCAACGCCGCCCGAUGCCCCGCCCCGGCCCGCGCGUCGUCCGCGUCCAGAGCCCGCGCUGUUCGUCCGAUGCCCGACCACAAUCCCAGCCCCAGCCUGAAGCUGAACUGGAAUCCGAGGAGGAGCAGGUCCGAGAGUCCCCUCCCGUCGAUGAUGAUGAUGUUGAGUUGCCGCCCACGGAUUCCCUCCCGUCCGUGGUCGUGUCGAGGCCAGACCCUAGUCUCACCGCGUUGAGUAGUCGCGCAAUGAGUGGGCUACUAAGUAUGGCGCGGUCCGAGUCCAGUUGA